AUGGGCCAGGGCAUGUCGGCCACGAACCACUUCGAGGUCGGCGGGUUCAUCCGCUCCAGCCCGGGCAGGCGGCACCCGGACGUGCAGUACCACUUCAUCCCGGCGCUCGGCCGCCCCCAGUCCGCCUGCCACCUCUUGACCCCUGCAGGCCUCCCAGAGGGGGUCCGAGCAGAUGGGGGUCGGGGGGAUCGCGCCGACCCGCGGGAGGCGCCGCUGAUAGACCCGAACUUCCUGGCGACGCCCGAGGACGUGGAGGACCAGAGGAACGCUUUCCGGCUCACGGUCGAGAUCUUGUCUCAGAAGGCUUUCGAGCCCUUCGUGAAGGAGCCGUUCUCCCCCGAGAGGGGAUUCGACAUCGACAGCGAUGCCGCAGUCGACGCGUGGAUACGGCAGAACAGCCACUCGGGCUACCAUCUGAACGGCACGUGCGCGAUAGGCCGCGUCGUGGACAGCCAGGGGCGCGUCCUGGGGCUGCAGGGCCUGAGGAUCGCCGACGCGUCCAUCAUGCCCUCCAUGACCAGCGGCAACUUGAACGCGCCGACCAUCAUGCUGGCCGAGAAGCUGGCGGACGGCCGUCCCGCCCCGUGCCUGGCAACCAGCGCGCGGCCUCCGGUUUGCAGCCGCCCCCUCCCUCCCUCCCCCAUUCCUCCUCUGCCUCCCCCUUCUCCUCCUCCUCUUCCUUCCUUCUUCAGCCCUCGUUCCUUCCUCCUCGCUUUCUCUGGUCGCGUUUCCUUCUCCCUCCUCCCCCUCCUCCUCCUCCUCCUCCUCCUCCUCCUCCUCCUCCUCCUCCUGCGUAGCCAUUUUGGCUCAAUCUGCUUGCACAGUGGGGGGGGUCUCCGGGCCGUCGUGCCUGACUGGCGUCCGUUCGCGGCCGUUCAGCUCGCCACACACUCUCAAUUCACGAAUCCUCGGACCUGCGGUCAGCGCGGGGGGAAAAUUCGUUACUUUUCCCGGCGGCUACAAAUUCAGCAAGAUUGUUAUUACUGUUUCAACUGGCAGUUUUGGCGUCGACGUUCGCGGCCAUAA